AGCUGAGGUAAACGCGAAUGUGAGAGAAAGACAUGAAGCACUGGAUAAUAAGUUGUUUAAUUAUAUUAUUCCUUCAGCUUGAUUUAAAGUUCCUGCUUGUUCAAAGCCAACUCAAAGAAUGUCCAGAAUCGGUGCAAACAGUAGAAGUUGUUGAUGCUUGCCCAACAACCGAGGCUGAGGUGAAGGAAGCAGCAAAGCUUAAAAACUGUUCUUUUUAUGCAGAAAGACAAACCUGCUCACAUGAAUCAAAAUUCAAAUACCACUGCGUUAUUAAUGUAUUUGUAAACGCAACAAUCUCAGUAUGUGCGCCAGAGUGGAACAUAAAAGGCUUUUGCACAGAAUAUAAUAUUCAAGGCAAGAGAAUACAAGAUCACUACAAACUGAGAUGUACAAACCAUACACCAAGCUGUCCAGGACUAUAUCCUUCAACUGACGCCUAUAAAUAUCCAUCAUGCUAUGAAAUUGUAUACGCAAAACGAACAAAAGUGACAACAACACCAGUUCUCCAGGAUGACGAUUCAGAGGCCUUAUCACCUGGUGAAAUAGGUGGAGUUGUAGUAUUGAUAUUCGUUGUUAUAUGUGGUGUUGUUGCUGGGAUUCUCUUCAUUUUCGUCAGAAGAAGGAAAAGUAAAAGUAAGUUGAUUUUAAGAAUUGCGUCUUUCAUAAAAAAGAACGAAGCAGUAACUGAAAAUCAAGAAACGAAAGGACAGGAAUCGAGAGUUGAAACAGUUCCAGAGUCAGUGCCCUUAGCACCAGAUGAUGACAUUGCAGAAACUUCAGAAGCAGAAGGACCUAAAAAUGAAAAACAUCAUGCACCAUCAUCGGAAGAAGAUCAGCAUCAAAAUGAUGUAAAGCCAAUUGACUUCAAGCAGUUGGAAGAAGAAGGACGGAAUCCAGCUGGUAUGCCGAUUUCUGAAGAUACUGCAACGGACACUAGCUUAUUAGUUAUGCAAAAAGAUGAAGAGACCUUGGCGGAAGAAAACUUAGAAGACACUAAGAAAUACCUGAGAAAUUACAAAAUCUUCGACAAAUAUUAUGAAGAGACUGGCAUGUAUAAAAAAGCAAAACAACUUAUUGAGAAAAAUGGUGUAGUUAUCAUAAUUGGCCCUCCAGGGUGUGGAAAAACAAACGCCGCUGUUCAUCUAAUGCUCAUGUACGCUCAGAAAAAAGAAAAUUGGGAUUUACGCAAAAUAUCUGCACACAAGGAUUUUUCUUUUGUAAAAUUUUCAGAGAAAAAAAGCACAUUAUUUUUCAUUGACAAUUUAUCUUUCGAAAAUUCGUUUUUCUACGAAAUAGAGGAAUGGUGGAAGAAACUAGAUGACAUCUAUAAUAAUCAUAUUAAAAGAUUCAAAGGAACAAAUGGAAUGCAUAAAGAAGGAAAAGUCCAAUUAUUGAUAACUGCAAGAAGUAGUGUAAUUGAAAAAGCACGCAAGUCUAUGAAAUGGACUCCUCCAGUUUUUAAGGAAGAUUUUAUUAUUGAUGUAGCUAUUUCCCCUGCAUUAAGCGAAACUGAACGGAAAAUUAUAUGCAUUACGGACGAAGAAAAGGAAAGAAUUUUCAAAAGACAAUUAGACUUUGCAAAACAACAGCUACAUCUAGAUUUUCAGUCAUGUGAUGAGAAGUUUAUGAAGGAAAUAAAAUUAGCAAAAGGCCCGAUUGGAUUUCCACUCUGUGCCCAUUUAUAUGCCUGCAAAAAGGAGUAUAGGAAAAGGGGAUCUCGUUUUUUUACCCAUCCGAUUGAUAUCCUCAGAAUGCAGAUAGAAAAAGAGAUAGAAUCUGACUCCAGCAACAGGACAAGAACCGUGUUUUUCCUUGUACUCCUGUAUGAAUGGCAUUUGAAAACAAAGGAUAGUCACGAAAGACUAAAUAUAGGAAAUUCUGAAUCAUGCAAAAAAUUUUUAAAGAUGAUAUCGAAAGAUAUUUUAGAUCAGUUUAGUAAUUUGAAUUUUAAUCAAUUGGAAACCACAGGAAAAAGAUUAGCAGGUGCUUUUCUGCGAGAAAUGGAAGUUGGAGAGUCCAUUUUCAGAUUUACUCAUGAUAGUGUAUUUGAUGCCGUUGGUACUUAUUUUUGUGACAAGUAUUUCAAGCAAACUGUUCAAUGGUUUCCAUUAGAGGUACUACUAAAUCAAGAAUUCCUGUCAUUAAGCGAAGAAAAAUGUCACAUUUUAGCAUUGCGAUUAUUGUAUGAGGCAUUUAAUCAAAAGUUAGCACAAAUAUUCAGCUGCAGUGCAUUUCGAGAAGAAUCAUUCGUAGACACUUUUAUGAAAGAACUAUCGAAAAGAAAACAAAAUAUGAUUGCAAUGUUUUUCAACUUAAAUGACGACAGUACUCAUCCAGGAUUGCCCGUCACAUUUUGGUCCGCCAAAAACAAUCUCUAUUAUCUAACAUAUAAGAUGCUCAGCAUGAUCAAUGAUAAGACACCUGACUAUGAAUCCCACUUGUUCAUGUCAUUUCUUGGAGAAUGUGCUUCAAGAAAUGAAAAUCUACUGACAAAAAUAAAAUCAAAUAUAAAAGAAAACAGGGAUGAAUUGAAAAGUACAGUAGGCAGAUUUAAUGAUGAUAAUGGCGACUCAAUAUUGCAUAUUAUCAUCGAAUCUCCUCGACGGGAUGAAGACGCAUGUGAAUUAAUCAAAACUCUUAUUAAAACAAAAGGAGUAAAUAUUAACCAUCGAAAUGGGAAAAAUGUUACUCCAGUUAUGAAAGCCGUUAGAUGUACUAUAAAGAGAACGAAAUUAAUCGAGGAACUUGUUAAAGCAAAUGCUCAUAUGAAAUAUAAAGACGCAGAUGGAUCAACGGUUUUCCACCACUGUUUGAGCUCAGAAAACGACGAUCAAAUAUGUUCAGAAACUAUAACGUUACUAUUAGAAUCAAAAACAAUGAAAAAAAUUAAUACAGACGACAAUAAAGGUGAAACUCCUCUUAAUAUUGCAGCAAAACAACAUCGAUACAGCAGAAUUUUAAGUAUAUUAGCGUUGUUGAAAAGUGAUGAAAUAACAACAGAUACCUCUAAUUUGGAUGGAUAUUCUCCUAUACAAAACACCCUGUUAAACCUGCAUGGUGACGAUGCUAUAAUUGCACUAGAACGUUGUACUAGACUUGCAAUUUUUGUUGUGUUUGGGGUGAACCCUGAACAUCAAGCAGAUGAGAAGGAAUCUUCCAAUGAAGGAAUUGAAUACGAAAAAGAAGACAGAGGAGUUGGAUCAGAAGGUAAAGAGAGCAAACCGAAAGACAAGGGUAAAAAGGCCAUCGAUAUGUGCAGACAACUAGAGCUAGAAUAUGAAGAGGCAAUUUUGUCAUGUGCUAAAGAUCAAGAUGAAAUGGCAAGUGUUCUGGAAAAUAUACUUAAUGCCGUAAACAAGAAACAAACAUCAGGCGAAGAAUAUGACGUAAAAAAUCCUGGGAACAAACUCUCAGAAAAAUUAUUAGGGAAAAUAAAAGAAGCAGCUAAAAUACUGGCACAUAAGAAAUUUGAAUAAACAAAGUGAAUAAUUUAUUGAACACUAUUUACUUUCAAUUACUGUAACAUCAAUAUUUACUGUCAUUAUUAUUAUUUUAAAUGUCUUCAGCUGAAAAAUUCACUUAUUUCAUUAUUCCCAGUAAAGAGACAACAAAUGAAGAAAUUGAAAAUGCGUACAAAAUGAUGCUACCCUGCAAAAUUUUAUUUAUUUGUAAUAUUUUUUUUAUUAAAGGGGUAGAAGGUUACACAAACUUUAAAUAGAAUGCCUAGAAUGAAAAAUGUUUUUUUAAAUUGAGAGAUACAUGUCUCUUUUAUAGUUAAAUUAUCAGUUAUGUUUAAAUUUUAAUGAUUUAUUUUAACAAUUGAUUGGAUUAGAUGAGGUGGGUUGGGUUGGUGAAGAAGUACAAGAAACAUUAAAUCCAACAUUCAAAAUACUGUUUUCACCAUUCACUUCAAUUUGCUGUAGGUGAUGUUUUCCUCACAUGUGAAUUAGAAUUGAAACAUUUCAAGAUUAAAUUAAAAUUUGAUUACCAUUACCAUGAACAGUAUUAACUUAUCCUACCCAGACACCCAUAUUAUAGCACACAGGCUCCAUGCUUCAAUUUGAAUACCUAAAUGAAAUCUUACCUUUCUUUGUUUCCAUAACAAUUUUAUGCAUUUUAUAGUUUGUAAGAUUUUGAUUUUAUCAGACUCCAGUAGAUGAAAACGUAAAACUAAAUAA